GGCUACAUCCACUACAACCCCCCACCUCCCUGACCCUCAGCUGCAGAGGCUCAGUCAUGGCAGCGAUCUAUGAGAUGCUAUGCGAUGGCUAUCGAUCUAUAUGUUCGCUUCACUGCAUGGGAUGUACAUUACAGUUGUGGAAGUUCCCAUGUUGAUCAAGUGUGCAGUAUUGCUCUAAAUCCCUCCCAGUUUCUGCCCAUAAACAAGAUUCUUUGACUUUUUGUAUGAUCAAAUGCAGAGAGAAUUGUGUCAACGUCUGUGCUCUACUGGACCUUCAUGCUGACGAUCCAACGAUAGCCAAUUUGGACAGAUGUAUUGAGUCGCAGGAGGCAUCGAUGGAUGGGUCUUUGCAGCAUUUUGCAAAUAUCACUCAGAAGAUCAUGGACAUUGUUACCGCUACUGAACGUAGAAGAUUUCUUCGUCUCGUCAUUGGACGUAUGUCUAAGACGAAGGAUAUUUGCCCGGAGCAACUUUAUUUAGAUGGAGUGACGAAAAUUAGCAAUGAACCACUGGAAUUCGGAGGGUUUGGAUUAGUAUACCAAGGACAUUAUCGUGGUGAAGUAGUAGCGCUCAAGCGGCUUUUCAUAAAGUCUGGGCCAAAUGCGGAGAAUGCAAGACGAUUGAACAAGCGUCUCCGUCACGAGAUUCUUGUUUGGCGCAACCUCGAGCAUCCACACAUUCUGCCGUACUUUGGUAUUACAGAGAAUACGUCAGGGCUUCCCUCCAUUGUGUCUCCAUGGAUGGAACAUGAAGACAUACGUAACCUGUUGCAGCAUGAUUCGUUCACAAAGCGUGAUGUGACUGAUCGUAGGGAAUGUUUGUUACGGUGGAUCGAUGAGGUCGCUUCAGGCCUUGCAUAUCUCCACGAGGAAGGUAUCAUUCAUGGCGACCUUCGAGGAGCGAAUAUUCUAAUAGAUUCAGACUGGUCGGUUCGCUUGGCCGAUUUCGGAGUUGCCGUUUUCGUUGUUGAAGAGGUUGUUUCUCAGCCAUUCAAUUCUACACGAGCUGGUAAUCCACGUUGGCAAGCACCGGAGUUAUUGGCACCAGCUUUCGAGGACGAUUUGACACUUAAGAGGCCGCGACCAACGGCCCAGAGCGAUAUCUUCGCAUUUGCAUGCGUGGUUGUUGAGGCAAUGUAUUCACUAGCAAGAACCCCUACAGCAAUAUUCCUAGUGAUUACACGGUCGCACAUAAGAUCGUGCAAGGCAUUCGGCCUCUUAGGCCCGAUACAACCACUAGUGAACAAGUUGCGGUUCCAGAUGAUCUAUGGUUACUAGCAGAGCGUUGUUGGGAUGAACAACCGAUGAAACGACCUUCGGCAGUUGUGGUCAAAGUUGACACAGCUCGAAUUAGAUCUUCUCCUUGUCAGCAGUAAUGAGUUUGAAUUGCUAAUUUUUCUAAGCAGUUCAUGACGAUAGUACUAUGUACCAUGUUUGCGCAGGUAAAUACUCCAUGUGCCAGUAAGUAACUUAGCACCGAGUCCUUCGUUAGCAAACACGGGCUGUCAAAGGGGAACAGCAGAAUGUCUCCCCCGCUUUAAGUCGCGUAUUUGACUACAUGUUGAAUGUACAUUUAUGAAUCCAGUGCUACGCUCUUGGCAUAUACCAAGAAGUAAAGUUGAACUGUGACG